AUGAAGUUGAACAUUUCUUACCCAGUUAAUGGUACGCAAAAGACCAUUGAGGUCGAUGACGAACACCGUGUCCGUGUCUUCUACGACAAGAGAAUUGGCCAGGAGGUCAACGGUGAGGCUGUCGGUGACGAGUUCAAGGGCUACGUCUUCAAGAUCGCCGGUGGUAACGACAAGCAAGGUUUCCCAAUGAAGCAGGGUGUCUUGUUGCCAACCAGAGUCAAGUUGUUGAUGGCCAAGGGCACUUCUUGUUACAGACCAAGAAGAAACGGUGAGAGAAAGAGAAAGUCCGUCAGAGGUGCCAUCGUCGGUCCAGACUUAGCUGUUUUGGCCUUGAUCAUCACCAAGAAGGGUGACCAGGAGAUCGAGGGCAUUACCAACGAGUCUGUUCCAAAGAGAUUGGGUCCAAAGAGAGCCAACAACAUCAGAAAGUUCUUUGGUUUGACCAAGGAUGACGAUGUCCGUGACUUCGUUAUCAGAAGAGAGGUUGUCAAGGGCGACAAGACCUACACCAAGGCUCCAAAGAUCCAGAGAUUGGUGACUCCUCAAAGAUUGCAAAGAAAGAGACACCAGAGAGCUUUGAAGGUCAGAAACGCUCAGGCUCAAAGAGAGGCUGCUGCUGAGUACGCUCAAUUGUUGGCUAAGAGAUUGACUGAGAAAAAGGCUGAGAAGGCUGAGGAGAGAAAGAGAAGAGCUUCUUCCUUGAAGGCUUAA